UAAUCUGUAAUCUCUCCUCACAUUAGUAAUAAGAACACGUUGUAAAGAGUUGUCAAAAGGAUAAAAGAGGAAGCAGAUCUGCUGAUUGUUCUUCGUCUCUGUUCUCUUCUUCUCUCUUCUUUCUCGCGUCGGAAGACGAGAAAAUGGAGAAGGUAAUGGCAUCUUCUCUCCUCGUUGCUCUACUGUUUUUCUGUUGGGGGAAUCAGGUGAGAUCGGAUGCGUCCGAUCAUCGCUACAAGGCUGGAGAUCCGGUGCCCCUUUACGCCAACAAGGUUGGCCCGUUUCACAACCCCAGCGAAACAUACCGCUACUUUGAUCUUCCCUUCUGUUCACCAGCUCAUGUCACUGAGAAAAAAGAAGCUCUUGGUGAAGUUCUGAAUGGGGAUCGUUUGGUCAGUGCGCCUUACAAACUUGAUUUCCUUUCUGAGAAAGACUCUGAACUUGUUUGCAAAAAGAAGUUGUCGACGGGAGAAGUUGCUCAAUUCCGUAAGGCAGUUAUCAACGAUUACUACUUCCAGAUGUACUAUGAUGAUUUGCCGAUCUGGGGUUUUAUUGGGAAGGUUGACAAGGAAGGCAAAACUGAUCCCAGCGAGUACAAGUAUUUUCUUUAUAAGCAUAUUCAUUUUGACAUCCUUUACAACAAAGACCGUGUCAUUGAGAUCAAUGUUCGAACGGAUCCCAAUGCAUUGGUGGAUCUGACCGAGGAUAAGGAGACUGAAGUGGAGUUCAUGUACAGUGUGAAAUGGAAGGAAACCGAUACUCCUUUUGAGAAGAGGAUGGAAAAAUACUCUCAGUCAUCCUCCCUGCCUCAUCACCUGGAAAUCCAUUGGUUCUCAAUUAUAAAUUCAUGUGUUACAGUUCUCCUCCUAACAGGGUUUCUUGCCACUAUUCUUAUGCGAGUCCUUAAGAAUGAUUUUGUCAAGUAUGCACAUGAUGAGGAAGCAGUUGACGACCAAGAAGAGACCGGAUGGAAGUACAUCCAUGGUGAUGUUUUCAGGUACCCAAAGAACAAGUCUUUGUUCGCUGCAGCCCUUGGUUCUGGCACCCAACUUUUUACACUUACGGUGUUCAUAUUUAUUCUUUCCCUAGUUGGGGUAUUUUAUCCAUACAAUAGAGGAGCUUUAUUCACUGCACUGGUUGUCAUAUAUGCUCUUACAUCUGGGAUUGCUGGGUAUACUGCCACCUCUUUCUAUUGUCAGCUUGAAGGAACAAAUUGGGUAAGAAAUCUGUUACUAACAGGAUGCCUUUUCUGUGGACCCCUGUUCCUCACCUUCUGCUUCCUUAAUACUGUUGCAAUAGUUUAUAGUGCCACUGCAGCACUGCCUUUUGGCACAAUUGUGGUUAUAGUUCUUAUCUGGACAUUAGUGACAUCACCUCUGCUUGUGUUGGGUGGAAUUGCCGGUAAGAACAGCAAGGCUGAGUUCCAAGCUCCUUGCCGCACCACAAAGUAUCCCAGAGAGAUUCCACCAUUGCCUUGGUACCGAGGGACUCUUCCUCAGAUGGCAAUGGCAGGGUUUUUGCCUUUCAGUGCUAUCUAUAUUGAACUUUACUACAUAUUUGCCAGUGUGUGGGGUCACAGGAUUUACACCAUUUACAGCAUCCUCUUUAUUGUUUUCAUUAUUCUUUUGAUUGUCACUGCCUUCAUCACUGUUGCAUUGACAUACUUUCAACUUGCUGCGGAAGACCACGAGUGGUGGUGGAGGUCAUUUCUAUGUGGAGGUUCAACAGGUUUAUUUAUCUAUGGCUACUGCUUGUAUUACUAUUAUGCCCGAUCAGAUAUGUCUGGUUUCAUGCAAACUUCGUUCUUCUUUGGGUACAUGGCUUGCAUCUGCUAUGGCUUCUUCCUCAUGCUUGGGACUGUAGGUUUUCGUGCCUCCUUGCUUUUUGUCCGUCACAUAUAUCGGUCCAUUAAGUGUGAGUAGAGGGUUGAUCUACUAUCAGAAUCAUCAGAAGCAGGGUUUGUGAGAAGGUCCUGUUUUCUCGUAAUGGGAUGGAGAUUUAAGUAAUACUGUUACACGGGGCAGUGUUGCACAUAGCGAGAAUGUUGGGCAGUGUCACUAAUCUGAGAAGAUACUGACGGGACUUGGAAAGAAGAUUGUAUCAUUGUAUGUACCUGCACUUCCUGGAAAACAAAGUUUCUCCCAUCAUUUAUAGUUCUUGGUCCAGCAUUCACAAAUGACCCUUUUUCUUUUUUUAGAUUUUUGUAGAAUAGAGCUGCACAAUGUUUGAUUCCUCCCUGUUCGCAAUUUGCAGGCAUUUUGGGGAACCAAAACCUUACAUAGUUAAAUUUGGAAACUUUUAAUAUUGAUUAUUAAUAAUUGUUUGUCUCAA